CCCCUAUCUCAACCUCGGUGGCGGAUUAUCAAAUCCACAUGGCCCCCAUAUCAGGGGCGCCUCUGGGGGAAUACAGGCGGCUGGCGCAAAUGUCAAGGAGGCAUUGGCGAAUAGAACGCAUGCCUCGCCGUAUCGAAUGUCGGGAGGCCACUACGCCGCGCUAUCGCAUGGCCGUAAUUAUCCUCAUUCCUCUCCUGCCAAACAACCAUGCAGGAACUUGGACAUAAUGAAAUUGACCAAAAGGGCCGCCAGCUUACGCUCAGUCUCAACUUAAAAUGAGGUUGAAGUUUUGAAGAUGCCCCCUUCGGUGCUGACCUCUAGUCUACCUGCUCUCUUCUUCCCGUGAUCAAAAUUUCUAUGUAAGUAGGUAGGUAGCGUAUACUGUCCAGCCUCGGGUCGACCAUGGCCACAUAUACAAAUAUCGAAACGCUGGCACGCAUUCCAACAACAUGGACGGCCCCAGCAUCGUGCUUUGCAUCGACGAACCUGUACCGGGUGGUGUUUCCGAGCGGGACCGGCGCAUAUUUCAUGCAUCUGUUCGCAACGCCCACGCCGUUUAAAACAGACCUCUGGCCGGCGAGCGACCUCUUGCCGAAAGGCGACUGCUGGCCCCCAUCAACCACUCUCAACGUCCCUUACCUGACCGACGGCGGCUGCCCUGCGGGCUACACGCGCGCCUGUGCUACUGGCAUACCCGAUAUCAGCGGAAAGCCCGCCAGUCUAGUGACUUGUUGCCCAAGCGUCACCAAUAACGCCUACUCGUUCAUGUGCCAAAACAACGAGUACGGCUGCCACGGAACAGCAACACCAGGGGCGGUCUGGACGGGCGUGCUAACGCACCUCGCACAAUCAGUCGAAGAGCCAAUCACAUUCACGCCCGAUCAGCACAACGGCUACGAAGCUUGGGGAAUCAAGCUGCUUUCGGUGGCUACGGGGCUUCCAACCAGCACUCACACCACUCCGACCAACCCCGGAAGCACAACCAACCCCGACAACCCGGCCAACCCGAAGAGCACAACGACGCCGCCCCCCAACACCCAAACCAACCUCCCCGCGACCGCAACCAGCAACACACCCGCCAACCAAACCCCACCACCAACCGCCCGCAACGGCAGCAGCAGCAGCAGCAGCGCCAGCGGCCUACCGACCGCGGCCAUAGUGGGCCUCGCGCUGGGGUCCGUCGGCGCCGUCGUGCUCCUCGCCAUCGCCGCCAUCCUGUUCCGCCAGCACCGGCGGCGCAAGGCUCGGGGUUCCGGUAUUAGCAGCAGUAGUGCCGGCAUCACGAGUCCCGCUCGGAGUGACACGACGAGUUUACUUCCACCUCCGCCUACUGGGCUGAAGGACCUGCACCAACUCGACGGGGGCAGUCGGCCGCAGAUGCUGGAGGCGCCGGAUCCGCGGCCGGGGGCGAGGCUGGCGUGGGAGAUGGCUGGGUGAUGGAUGGAUGGAGCGUGGGGCUUUUGUUGGUUGGUCUUUUUUUUGGG